AUGGGGUCAAAGACUGACAUAAAACACUAUGAAUCACCUCCAUGUUUGCUUUAUAGAGGCCCUGAAGGGACCCCAUUUGAAGGGGGUGUAUUCACAACAAGACUGGUGUUCCCUCCUGACUAUCCUUUGAGUCCUCCAAAAAUGAGGUUCGUUGGUGAAAUGUUUCAUCCUAAUGUUUAUCCUGAUGGUCGAGUGUGUAUAUCCAUCCUGCAUGCCCCUGGUGAUGACCCCAUGGGUUAUGAGAGUAGUGCAGAAAGAUGGAGUCCUGUCCAGUCUGUAGAAAAAAUCCUUUUGUCUGUUGUUAGCAUGCUUGCAGAACCAAAUGAUGAAAGUGGUGCAAAUGUAGAUGCUUCAGUGAGUAUUACAUGAAAAGCUGUUCAUUCACUAAUCUCAGAUUUCAAUUAUUUUUUAGAACAAUAUUUUGUUUGUUUGUUGCUGGUAAUCAAACACUUUUUAAUAUGCCUCUGGAACUGAUAUGCCGUGCCGUCAGUCUAUCAUCUUUCCUACCGUUAAAUUUGGUAUAUGUAUAUUGAACCCCACAUGCCAUACCCCACGGAAGUCACUGAGGGCCUAACCCAUAACACAUGUUGCGGGUGAACUUGCCUGUCAUUAAGUCAUUUCACUGGUUUAGAACCAUUCAAGUUUGUUACAUGAUCUAUGAAGAUCAAUGCAACAGGUGACUGAAAACUCACUUGGCAGCCCAGCUACCCUGCUGAAUUUCUAACCCCUUCUGUCUGUUAACAGCAUGUUUUUGUAUGGGUAUCUCAGAUAGAUCAUGAUUUUAUAUUAUUUUUUUUAUGGCUACCAGACCUUCCUCUAGUUACCUUUCAUUCACAUCACUGUUUUA